AUGGCCUACAAGAGGUGGACAUGUAUGGGAAGAGUUCACAUGGUGGGACAUUGCAGCAGCACCACAAGGGAAGAAUCAAGAACUCACUGUCACACUUGUCUUGAGAAGAUGUUCACAUGGAUUUGUCUGAUGGUAGAAACAUCAGCUGCAUCGUUUCAAUUGGAGGGGGUCAGGUCCGUCUUGGUCUGCCAAAUUGUUCUUCAGAUCACAAACAAUCAAGUCAAAAGAGAGACAAAGCCAUGUGCUAUAUUAGUUAUAUUUCUCCCCAGUGAUUACAGAAGUGGUGCCGACUCUAACAUUAUCUCCAACCCUCUAUCCGGUGUGGGUUUUGCACAGUGUACGUGUGUGGCGACUUAUGGAAGCUUGCUCCUCAUGCAAAGCCCUUUACCGAAUCUCUAUAUCUUGAAUCUGUUAACCUGGGAGAGAAUCAAUCUACCUCUUUUGGAGUCACAACUUGGUAAAAUAAAACUCGAGCUGGUAGAUGAGGAAAGCAAGGAUUAUGUAGAAAACAUUAUGUGGUUGAUUGCAAGAAAGGAGAUGAUUUGUGGAGACCAGUUCCUGAUUGCUAAUGCAUUGGAGAGUGUUAUGACAUGUGAUGGCACUAUCAGAAUCUCAGAUUUCUUAAGAGUGCUUCCACGGGAAUUUCCUGAGACUGAUGUACACAUUGUUAGUGGAGAUGUGUCUUCCAAAGCAUCAUGGUGCAUUCGCAUCUUCGGAAUGGAUCCUUUGACAAAGAAGUGGGAGAAUGUUGAUUCUUUGGGUGACAUAGCAAUGUUUUUGGACUUGGGUUUCACCGUGCGCGCCAAAGAUAUACAAUGA